ACAAUCUCGCUGGUAAUAUGUGCGACAUAGUGCUGGGCUCAGCGACCAGCACUAACGUGUACCUGCAUUGGAACCUACUCAACCUUGCCAGUCGUGCCGACGAUCUACAGGCGGAGCUACAAAGGGAGAUUGACCGCGUGGUGGGACGCAGUCGUUCACCCUGCUGGGAGGACCACAAGCGCAUGCCACUUACAAUGGCCACCAUAUGGGAAAUGUUCCGCUGGAAAGUUGCGGCGCCAUUCAACCUACCACGAGGCGUUGGCGAAGACAUGAAGUUCAAGCAGUACAGUUUGCUGAAGGACACCGUCGUUUUCCCGAACCUAGUGGCAGUCCACAGGAACAGGAAAUUAUGGAAGGACCCGGACGCCUUUGAUCCUUCACGUUUCCUGAGAGGUGAUGGGAAAGCUCAGACGACGAGACCUGAGGGGCUGCUGACAUUUUCUGUUGGAAAGCGAAUGUGCCCUGGAGAAGCAAUGGCCAUUUCCCAGAUAUUUCUCUUCAUGACGACGCUCCUUCAUCGUUUUUGCAUCCUUCCUGUGGAUGGCGAAACGUACAGCAUUUCGCCAUUCGGGCCAUCUUUGGAACUAGCGGACACAAAGCUUCGAUUUAUUGCCCGGUCAACAGGAAGGGAAAGCCAUUGUUGAAACAAUGCGU